ACCAUUCCUGCGAUGGUGUAACUUCAGAUGUGACAAACCCCAGUAUUUUAGUCUUACCUGAGACAGGAACAGUAAACCAGUUGCUUGUUGGGCAGGGAGAACUGCUGAAUCAUUAAGAUACUCCUCCACAUCAAUUGACUUCACAAAGCAGACAGAACAAAGUUAACACGGACUCCGUACAAUUAGAUCAAAUGGAUGUGCUGAAGAUAACAGUGGUGCUGAUCCUGAGCUACUUUUCCUCUACAUUUUCCACGACCGAUUGCCCAAGUUACUGCACCUGCAACUUUUCUAGCAAUACCACAUCAGUGACUUGUGUUUCACUUGAAACUCUUUUGGAAGUCCCACAGAACAUUCCAACUCAGGCAACCAUCAUAUCCAUUGAAUUCACCAACAUUAGCACUCUAACAGACAAAGAUUUUGUUGGACUUCUCCAGUUACAGGAACUUCAUCUUUCAAAUAAUUUGUUGGAAAACAUUGCUUCAGGUGUUCUAAAAGAUACUCAACAGCUGAGAGUAUUGGAUUUAACCAACAAUUUGCUGACUACAUUGCCACCGAACUUAUUUAACACGACCUUCAAACUAACCUCUCUAAUUUUACAGAGUAACAGACUGCAAACCGCAAAUCCUUCUUGGUUUUGUAAACUUCAGAGUCUUGAGAGGCUUGACUUAUCAAACAAUAUGCUGACAUCUUUACUUUCCAAUACAUUUAAUAAUUUGACUAAUCUGCAAGUACUUGAUUUAUCCAGUAAUAAACUUGAAUUUUUGCCAGCUAAUCUGUUUAGCAAACUACCCAAUCUGGAGCGCUUAAACCUGGGAAAAAAUCAGUUGACUACAUUUGCUCCUGGUACCUUUAAUCAUGUAAUCAAUUUAAAUUAUUUAUUUCUUAAUAGCAAUAAGCUUGUGAAGAUUCCCAAGGGUCUGUUUAAUAACCUACCACAGCUAGAUACUUUGGAUCUUUCAGACAACAACUUAACAUCAUUGCCUCCAAGAAUAUUAGAUAACCUCCAGCAAAUUGGGGCAAAGUGGGAACAGGGAUUAGACAUCUCAAAGAAUCCAUGGAUGUGUAACUGUGAUUUAAGGUAUCUGUGGCAAUGGUUAAAUGUGAAUUUUAAGAAGGUAUAUUUUGUGAGCACAACAUUAUGUGCCAAACCUGAGGCACUAAGGGGGAAAGAAAUUAAAACACUUUCUGAAGAGGAACUAAUGUGUUAAAAUAGAACUUAGAACAUAGAAUAUAGAAAUCUACAGCACAUUGCAGGCCCUUCAGCCCAAAAUGUUGUGCCGACCAUGUAACCUACUCAAAUAAACACAAGUGAUUCUGCAAAUGCUGGAAAUCCAGAGAAACACACACAAAAUGCUGGAGGAACUCAGCAGGUUAGGCAGCAGCCAUGGAAAGGAAUAAAGAGUCAACAUUUUGGGCCGAGACCCUUCAUCAGAACUCAUUUGCACAUGUUAACGUGUUACUAUAAUCAUUUUUAAAACAUUUAAUUUCUACUUUGUAUAAAUAGUGUAAAGAAAAUAAAAGUUAAAUAUGCCCUCCUG